AUGGAUAAUAACUCUUCCGAGGUGUUCUCAGUAUCUAAUCCCGGUAGUCCUUCGAAAACUGGGGCCCCAUCCAUUGUGUUACCGGUAGAGUUUAUUCACUGUCCUAGGGAUCACCUGGUUGUAUUACUGGCCCGUAUACUUCAAUCUUUGGUUGACAUGAAUGAUAGCAUGACUGAAUCAAAGCAAAUUCACACACAAAAAUUGACAAGGUUCCACUCCAGAGCACCUCCAAACAUUUCCAUUGAACAUUACUUAGGAAGGUUGGCUCAAUAUUCUUACCUAGAGAAUUCUAUUUUGUUGACAGCAGUAUAUUAUAUUGAUCUGCUUUCUUUGUCUUACCCAGUUUUUUCUCUGAACUCGUUGACUGUACAUAGGUUUCUGCUUACAGCAACUACCAUUGCAGCUAAGGGAUUAUGUGAUAGUUUUUGUUCCAAUACUCAUUACGCUAAGGUUGGUGGCAUUCAUGUCAGUGAACUGAACAUACUAGAGGUAGAGUUUCUCAAUAAAGUUAAUUGGCGUAUCGUGCCCAGAGAUUUCAAUCACGAAACUGUCUGUAUUAGGUCUGCCUCCCCAGUUUCUGAAAUCAAGUUGUCAGUCAGUGCCACAAAUGAUGUUCUUGACAUGUAUUAUUACCGGACCAUCAUGUUAGUCGGUAAAAUUGAUGACCUUGCAGUGAACUAUUGCCUGGCAGGGAGGAGUUUGUCAGAGUCAGGCUCCUUGAAACGCCCAGGAAAUGAAAUGGAUUGGACAUCUUGCUCCCUCAGUAGCAAACGAAAUCGGUGA